CUCCCGCCCCGCCGUCCAGGCCGCGCCCCGCCCUCUGCGCGCCGCCGGCUGCCGGUCAGGGCGAGCGAGCGGGUUGUCAUUUACCAUGGAAGAUGAGUUCUUUGGAGAAAAGAGCUUCCAGCAUUAUUGUGCAGAGUUCAUCAAACAUUCACAGCAGAUAGGCGAUGGUUGGGAGUGGAGAACAGCCAAGGAAUGUUCUGAUGGCUACAUGUGCAAAACACAGUUUCAAAUAAAAAAUGGGACGACGGCAUCACAUCUGGGAACACCUGCCAGUGUACACGCGUGUCUUCCAACAGAGGAGGAUUUAGAGCUGGCCGUGGAUGGUUCCGAAGUGAUGGAGUCCACCACAGCGUCGGAAGUGAUCAAAUACGAGUAUCACGUCUUAUACUCCUGCAGCUACCAAGUGCCCGUUCUUUACUUUAGGGCAAGCUUUUUAGAUGGGAGACCUUUAGCUCUGAAGGAUAUAUGGGAAGGAGUCCACGAAUGCUACAAGACACGAUUGCUGCAGGGACCGUGGGACACCAUUACCCAGCAGGAACAUCCAAUACUUGGGCAACCAUUUUUUGUUCUACAUCCCUGCAAAACAAAUGAAUUCAUGACUGCUGUGCUGAAAAAUUCGCAGAAAAUCAAUCGAACUGUCAACUACAUCACAUCAUGGCUGAGCAUCGUGGGGCCAGUUGUUGGUCUGAAUCUAUCUCUGAGCUAUGCUAAAGCCACAUCGCAGGACGAGUGAUCUGUUGACGAGCAAGGCUUCUGCUGAUCCUAGAAACUACAGCAUGGAGAACACCAAGGGUGCACCUGAGAAGCCUCGGUGUCUAUGGAACUGGGACUGCAGAAUCUCAUGUCACCAAGAUUUGAUGCAGAUUUCUUUCCUUGGGAAGAAAGCAUCUGUAAACCUGUUUAGAAGAAUUGUUGUAUGAAGGAACACAUCGCAGAUUCAGAUCACUAUAACUAUGAAGAAUGAAUCUAAGCCAGUGAUGUUGUACUGCUGACCUCAUCAGGGCUUGCACAGGCCCUUUUCCUCCAGGCACAGUUCUUUUUCUGUUGUGGAGAUUGGUGGAGUAAUGUAUUUGUGUGUUUGGUUUUGCAUAAGAUGAAUGGAAAUUGCCAGGCUGUGGUGAUGCACGUCUUUAAUCCAGCA